AUGCGUUUCACGUCGCUCGUCACUGUCCUCCCUGCCCUGGCCAUGGCCCAGGAGCAGGUCCCUCUCGCUGACCGCGUGCAGGGCUGGUUCAACCAGGUCAAGUCCUACGUGCCCACCGCAGCCCCGGUUUCCCCGAUCGAGCAGCUGGCCGAGAAGGUUACCGAGAAGAGCGUCACCCACGUGUCCUUGAACAACUGGCAGUCGAUCCUUACCCCGGGACCCCAGGCUGAGGACUGGUUGAUCUACACCACUGGUGGCAACAAGACCUGCUUCGGUCGCUGCGGAACUGCUGAUAAGGCAUUCAAGGAAUCCGUUCUCUUGUUCUCCGCCGACCCUACCUCACCUCACCUCGGAUACUUGGACUGCGAGGCCAACCAGGUCCUGUGCGCCGCCUGGUCCGCCAGCGCUCCCUCCGUCCAGUACUAUCAGGUCCCCAAGGCACCCGCUGUUGGCGAGGAGCGUGCCCCGACUCCUCUCCGCAACAUCUACCUGAACUCCACCACCGUCACCCCCGCAACCAUCUACGAGAUCCACGCCAAGAAGACCUACGAGAAGUUCCCCCCUAUGAGGGCGCUCUCCACCCCGUUGAUGCUCAACAUCCCUAUGGGCUACGUUAUCUGGGCUCUCGGUGCCGUCCCCAGCUGGCUGUUCAUGAUUGGUAUCAGUUUCUUCAGCCGUACCAUGAUGAGCCGUCGCGCGGGUCCUACUGGAAACGCCCCUCGUGCUGCUGCCCCCGCUGGUAGCGCAAACUAAAUGGCCUCUUUUGGUCUAUGUUGGUGUUUGGGUUGUAUAUAAUCAGUGGUAGUGUAUUGUGACGCGUCCAAUAUGCU